AUGGGACGUGAUCGCUCUACUUGCUUGUACAUCGGCAAUCUUCCUCCAGAUUGCCGCACGCGUGAUAUCGAAGACAUUUUCCACAAAUACGGACGUAUUAAGUAUUGCGAUGUGAAGAACAGAACUCAACGUGGAGGAAUUUCAUUUGGGUUUAUCGAAUUUGAAGAUGCUCGGUAAGAUUUGAAUUUUUUUUUUGGUGUUUAUGUCUUUAGACUUGAGUCAACUGAUAAUAUUGGGUUUUAAUGGUCGUAGCAAUCUGAUUGAGCUUUUAAAUUCUCGGAUUUGACAUUAAACCUUUGUUUUUUGCAUAAUUUACGUUAAUGUAAGGUGCUCUUUCAAGGAAUUCCUGAUUUUUUAAGGCUAAUCUUAAUUAAGAGCUAGGGAACUUGUAGUCAAGUAAGGUUGAACAUUUUCCCGUGUUUUGUCAUCUGUCUCUUUCGGUUGUUGUGUUGGCUUCGUUCUGUUACCAGCUGUUCUUCAUUUGGUUUAUCAAUUAUAGCCUCAGCCCAAUGACUCAAAUCAAUUAGGGACCUUCUCAAUUCUAAAACGUUCGCGUCUUGUCGUAAACAGGAUCCUUCUUCCGCUCCCCUCGGAGAUUCUCUAAGACGGACUUGGAGUCGCGCAAAAACCCACUAGGAAUAUUGUACAUCACACCAAUCAAUAUGUCAUUUCAAUUUGAUAUGGUUGCAAAGGAAAAGUCGGGAGUUGAACGCGUUUUCAAGCAAGUCAAAGUGAUUUGGGGAGCAAACACUGACAAAUUGGGGACAUCUCAAUGUGUUACAAGCAACAAGAUCGAGUGUAAUAUCACCAUGUCUGCCAUGGAUAAUAUAAUGGGUUUUGAUGUUUUAGAGACGCCGAAGAUGCCCAAAGAGGAAGGGAUGGAUAUGAUUUGGAUGGAUAUCGUAUUCGAGUGGAAGAAACUCGUGGCGCCGGACCCAGAGGACCUGGGGGGAAACCGCUGCAUGGACCUGAUGAUCGUCGCGGCCACCGCGGUGGCGGAAGAGGUGGCCCCCGCAGACGUGGACAUCGCGUCUACGUCUCUGGCCUUCCACCCACUGGCUCUUGGCAAGAUCUGAAGGAUCAUAUGAGAUCCGUCGGUGAAAUUGUUUGUGCUGAUGUCAACCGUGAUGGAACAGGAAUUGUGGAAUUCGCCCGCUACGACGAUGCCAAAUAUGCUAUCAAGAAGAUGGACGAUACCAAGUUCACAUCUCAUGAGGUAUGUUUUUCUUAUUUUUUGUUGGUUUUUAGGAGAAUUUCGAGUCUGGCAUGGUGAAGAUAUCGAUGAUGAGAUAGUGUCAUGCUAAUCAUGAAAGAGCUUGGCGCUCGCCCUCCAUGUUGCAAAAGACCAAUCUGAGAUUGAUUUCCCCGGUCAAAACUAUUAAUUUGGAGGACUUUUUACAUUUUUUGUGGAUAAAAUAUAAUUUUUAUAUUUUCAGGGCGAAACCGCUUACAUUCGCGUCUCCGACGAAGGACCUCGUCGUUCGCGGACUCGCUCUCGCAGCCGCAGUCCACGCCGUUCCCCACGUCGCUCGCCGGCCUAUAGCGACCGCUCCGUGUCCAGAUCUCGCUCCCGUUCCCGCUCUUGA